GCUGGACCGGGCUCGUUUCGGUGAAGUAGUCUCUGGUAUCCAGCCUAGCAAAAACCCUAGCCGAUAUUCAUUAACCUCCUCCCUCCUUAAGUCCUUAACCCUUUUGCUUUUCCUUCCCUGCCAUUCUCUCCUCCUGUCUUCGAUUUCCCUAGCAAAUCCGCUAAAAUGGGUUUCAAGAGGUACGUGGAGAUUGGGAGGGUGGCGCUAAUCAACUACGGGAAGGACUACGGAAAGCUCGUGGUGAUCGUCGAUGUCGUCGAUCAAAACAGGGCUCUGGUUGAUGCUCCAGAUAUGGUGAGGAGCCAGCUGAACUUCAAGAGGCUUACUCUCACUGACAUCAAGAUUGACAUCAACAGGGCUCCCAGGAAGAAGACUCUGAUUGAAGCGAUGGAGAAAGCAGAUGUUAAGGGCAAAUGGGAGAACAGUUCCUGGGGAAGGAAGCUCAUUGUUCAGAAGAAGAGAGCCUCACUCAAUGAUUUUGACAGGUUCAAGGUCAUGUUGGCUAAGAUCAAGAGGGGAGGACUUGUCAGGCAGGAACUUGCAAAACUCAAAAAGGAGUCCGCGUAGAAGAUCCCACCUUUUCUUUUUAAGUCGGUAGUUUACUUGUCGUUUCAAUGUGUCUUGUUUCAGUCAGCAAUUGCCAAUUUUGCUUGAGACUUUGAAUUGGGAUUGAAUUGGGAUACCAUGGCUUGUGCUAAGGGAAAGAUCAUGUGGAAUGGAUUUAGCUUUUUAGCUUGUUAUUUUCAACCCAUUACGUUAUCCUCACAGUAGGGUGUUUUUUCCGAUGAUUGAAAAAUUGUACCGUUC